AUGACUACUUCUCUUCCGCCGGAUCCUUGGAAAGCUCUCGGUGUCGAGAGGAAUGCGGACAAGUCUGAGAUUCGGUCUGCGUACAAGAAGCUUGUACUCAAGUGCCAUCCGGACAAGGUGCAGGAUCCGACCUUGAAGGCGCUGAAGGCAGAUGAGUUUCAGAAGGUGCAGCAGGCAUACGAGCUGCUCAAUGACGAUGCUGAGAAGGCAAAAUACGAGCAGAGGCUGAAGCUCCAAGAGCUGCAGCGCGCCGCCAAAGUACAGCAGGAUGUGAAGACCUCGCCCAACACUUCGGUCCCGCGCUCGUCCAGCAAGUACACAUACGACAUCCACACUACCGCCUCCGCCACGUACAAGGCCUCUCCAUCGGGCGGAAAGGUGUACGCGACUUACACAACAACCCAGUCCCGCUCACACGAGGAUAUGCCGUCAUCUCGCAGUUAUGCGCUGUACGACGACACCGACAGGCAAGCCCGGAGGACCGCGAGUUACGAGAAGCCGUCGAAACGGGACGAGGACAGGCGCGACCGCGACAGGGAUGAACGAAGACGCAGAAAGGAAGAAGAAGAUCUCAGGUUACGGGAAAAGGAACGCGACCGGGAGCGAGAAAAAGAGAAGGCCGAGAGACGGGAAGAAGAGAGGCGUGAAGCCCGCAAGGCUGAGAAGAAGCGACUCGAGAAGGAGCGCGAGAGGGACCGGGAGAGAGACCGGAGACGGGAAGCCGACGAGAAGUCCCGCCGCCACACGCCUUACGUAGAACACUACGACCCUUACUUGGAUGAACUUGUACUUGAAGACGAGAAGUACGUCUCCUCCAAGUCAGAGAAGAAACGGUCAUCGAGCAGGAAGCACGACGAGACGCGCGAGCGACCGCGGGAACGCGAACGUGAACGCGACCGGGAUCGCGAACGGGAGAAAUCGAGCUCCCGUCGGGCCAAGUCUCCUCAUGUCAAUAGCGAUCGGAAGCAUGUCGAUCUAUACCAAACCGCCGCAAUGUACGUCGCAACUGCCGGUAGCUCUUUGCCCUCUGAAGCCGGGGCGUUCUGGAAAUCGCAAACCCCUCACGCACCCACACCCCCGCCCGCCCUCGACUUUGAGGAAGAGGAGAGCAUUCGGCGCUCGUCUGCCCGUGCGGCAGGUCGCCGCACCUCCAACGAUGCCGCAAGAUCUAGAGAGAAGCUCAAUAAGUACGACAUUCCAGAGGCGGCUCCCACUGCCAGGCCGAUCCCCACGCUUUCCAAGUUCGAUCCUCCUCCCGUCCCCGAAUCGCCUCCGCGGUUGAACCGAUCCCAAACGGCUCGGUAUGAGUCGUCCAGGCCUAUCCCGUCUCUCUCGCGCAACCAGACCUGGGGUCCGAGCAUUAAUCUUGCCGGCGAUUACUACCCGGACUUCGAUUCCGAGGAGGAACGGGAGCGACGCCGGCGCCGAAGCCGCCGCACCCGCUCCCCUUCGGCGCAGCCUACCCACCGGUACAAGGUGGAGGGCACCAAAACGUCCAAGCUCGAGCCGCAGUACUCGUACGGCGAGUCGCCGACCUCGGCAAGGCGGUAUCAAACCGUCGAUGCUUCACAUUCGCCGUCGACAACAUAUCCAGGCGUCCCCUUCCGAGUCAAAGAGACCAAGGCCUAUGGCCUGGGCGAUGUCUCGUACGCGGAGUAUGGACAGCCGUAUUAUUCGACGCAUGCUGGCGAAGGGUACACCGUUGGUGCCUGA